AUGGAAAUAGUUGUGUUAUCUACCGUAACCGCUGGAGUUAAGGACGUUAGGGACGUUGUAGAAGAAGACAGAAAAUUGAGAAAGAUGAAGAUAACCAAAAGAACUGUUUUGUUCAUAGACGAAGUCCACAGGUUUAACAAAUCUCAACAAGAUUCCUUCUUACCAGUAAUCGAAGAUGGAACUAUAGUUUUCAUGGGAGCAACAACCGAAAACCCUUCCUUCCACUUGAUAACUCCAUUGUUAUCUCGAUGCAGGGUCUUCACGCUUAAUCCGUUGAAACCUAAUCACAUCUCAUCGCUCAUAAAGCGAGCUAUAGCUGACAAAGAUAAAGGCUUUCUCACCGGCCUAGUCAAAGGAUUAACAUCAAUUGAAGUAGAUGAAGACGCAAUAGAGUUUCUGUCAUUAAACUGCGACGGAGAUGCCAGAGUCGCACUGAAUGCCUUGAAGAUUUCAACAACAAUGGCAUCUUCUCGUGAUACCGAAUGCAGUUCAAUAUGCAGAAUCGUUGUUGAAGAUGCAAAAGAAGCGAUGCAGAGUAAGCAUCUAGCUUACGACAAAUCUGGCGAAGAACACUACAAUCUGAUCAUUUUCCUUCUGUAG